UUUGGUGGUCGAAAAACCGGGAAAGUGAUUGAAUAUAUACGUAUUAUAUAUUUGUUAUUAGUGUAAACAAAGUGUAGUAAUAAGUAUUUUGUUGUGCCAAAAAAAUAAAAUUAAAUAUGUCCAAACGUACACCUAAAAAAAUUACAGACUAUUUUAUAUCACCGGCUGUAAAACGCAAAAGAAGUGAAAACUCUUCUGAACAGGCCAAUACAGCAUCUUGCUCCUCAAUCACUCAGGAAUCAUCUGAAACCCAAAUGGGACAAGUUCAACCACAGACACCACCAAAGGAAACAAAACGUCCUGGCUCACAACAAUCUGAGGCUGCUUCAGAAGGAAACCAAAAUGAACCUGCCAGUGAUAGCCGCCCUGCAUCCAAAGGGAAAAUAAGUGCUUCAGCUUCCCAAGAAAAUGUUGGAGUAGCCGGCCCUAGUGGUGAAAGCACUUCCAAAGAUGAAGGAACUAGCACACCAGAAGACAGCGCUGUUCAAACAACAGAUGCCUCUACCACAGCAGUGGACAGUCCAGAAAGCGAUGAAGAGAUAAUUAAACCUAAAAAACGUAGCAGAAUACAAUUCAUUGAGGACUCUUCUGAUAGCGAUAGUGGCACUCCUAAGAAGUCUGCAAAGCAAUUCAAAUUUAAAAACGGUAAUGAUUCAGAUAAUGAGAAUGAUUCACCAAACACACUUAAGCAUAAAAAAUCUAAAAAGUUAGUUUUAAACGGUUCAGCAGGCAAGCCUAAAAGGCUCUUAAAGGAAUAUAGUUUUCAAAAAGGUACACCUGUAAAGGAGUUACAGGUAAACAAUGUUGACUCCAAGAAAGACAGUCAGGAGGCUGUCAUUAAAGAUAUCCAUUCAAAUUGGCUGCAUAAUAAUUUGGAUUUCUUGGAGCCUGAUAAAAUUAAAGAUAUUAAUCGAAGAAGACCAAGUGAUCCCAAUUAUGAUUCAAGAACUCUCUACGUCCCAGAAAGUUUUCUUAAAGACUUGACACCAGCUAUGAGGCAAUGGUGGGAGUUAAAAAGUCGACAUAUGGAUUCUGUUUUAUUUUUCAAAGUUGGUAAAUUUUAUGAACUAUAUAAUAUGGAUGCAGUAGUAGGGGUUAUGCAUUUAGGCUUCUCUUAUAUGAAGGGGGAAUUUGCACAUUCUGGGUUCCCCGAAAGUGCUUAUGCCAAAAUGGCAAGUACUUUAAUUGAGAAAGGUUUUAAAGUUGCAAGAGUCGAACAAACAGAGACACCAGAAAUGAUGGCAGAUAGAUGUAAGAAACAAGGAAAGGUCACUAAAUUUGACAAGGUAGUUAAAAGGGAAAUUUGCCAAGUAUCUACUAAGGCUACUUGCGUUUAUACUGCCCAAAUGCCAGAAGCACGUAAUGAAUUACCAAAUUACAUGUAUGCUGUCUCAAUGAAGCAAAAUGUAUCUGGGAAUAUCCGAAUUGGAGUCUGUUUUGUAGAAACAUCUAUUGGGAUAUUUUACAUGUCUGAAUUUGUCGACGACAAACAUUUUUCAAGGCUUUUAGCUCUUUUUGCAGAAUAUCCUGCUGCUCUGAUAUUAACAGAACGUGGCGUUGUCAGUAAGAAAUUCUCAGAGCUAUUAAACACUUAUUUCAAAGAUGUUCAGAAAGACAGUCUUCUAUCUAAAAAUCAAUUCUACACUGCAUCUGAUACAUUAGAAAAGCUGUCAAUGGCAAAUUAUUUUAUGAAUAAAGAGGGAAAUUUUUAUUGGCCAGAAUUCUUUAAAAAAGUUGCCGAUGAUUGUAUGCCCAAGUCUGAAUAUGAGCUAUGUUUAAAAUCUUUAGGAGCAUGUAUGUGGUACUUGAAAGAUUCAAAAUUAGAUAUACAAGUUCUUUCAAUGGGAAAAUUUGAAUGGUACGACCCUUUGGACCUGAUAUCUGAAGAAAAAAAAGUCGGAAAAGAUUAUUUGAUACUUGAUUCUAUAACAAUAAAUAAUUUGAAUUUGCUAGGAACAACCGGAUCAUUACAGAGCAUUCUGGAUCAAUGCGAAACAGCUUUUGGAAAAAGACUGUUACAACGUUGGAUUUGUAGACCAUUAUGUGAUGUUAAUAGAAUUAAAGAAAGACAAAUUGCUGUUAAUGAACUGUGGAAUAACCCAACUCUGCUGAAAAAUUCACAAGCGGUUCUAAAAAAAAUGCCAGAUCUCCAAAGACAACUGACAAAGAUACAUGCUUAUGGUAAUAAAUUUAUGGCCAAAGAUCAUCCUGAUAGUAGAGCUAUUUUUUAUGAAUCUGUCACAUAUUCAAAGACAAAAAUUAAGGACUUCUUGAAGACGUUGAGGGCUUUCGAGAAGGCUCAAGAAAUCUCUGACAUAUUCAGUGGUUGUGAAUCUCGUUUAUUAAGGAAGAUAACGCAGUUUAGUCCUAAAGGAGCAAAUGUCGAUUUACGUGAGAUAUUACAGUUCUUCAAAAGUGCUUUUGAUCAAGAAGAAGCUGAAAAAGAGGGCAAAAUAAUACCCAAGCGAGGAGUAGAAGAGGAUUUCGACAAUGCGGAAAAAACAAUAGAUGAUAUUAAGAAAAAAUUAGCUGAUUAUCUUGAUGAACAAUCAAAAUUUUUCGGUUGUAAAAUUUCUUACUUUGGAACAGAUAAGAAACGUUUUCAGUUAGAUGUACCUGAAAGUAGAACAAGCAAAGUUACCAAUGAAUACCAAUUAGAAGGCACCAAAAAGAGUUCGAAGCCAUCAAAGAGGUAUUCUACCCCCAAAACUCGCGAAUUGCUGUCGCAAAUGUUAAAGGCAGAAGCAGAAAGAGCCAAGAUAGUUUUAGAUUUGAAUCGGCGCAUUUUUGAGAAGAUCGGUGAGAGGCAUGAACAAUUCGAUCAAGCCAUUCAAUGUUUAACAAUAUUGGACGUCUUAUGUUCUUUGGCUGAAUAUGCUCGUACUUAUUCACAGGAUAUUUGCAUUCCACAUGUAAAACAGUUUGAUGAAAAACCUCAAUUAGUUAUUGAAAAUGGACGACACCCCUGCAUUCCAAAUGUUGAUAAUUUCGUACCAAAUGAUAUUACAAUGGGUGACGAGGACCAUGCUGAUGUAUUGAUUCUUACAGGACCUAAUAUGGGUGGAAAAUCUACUUUAAUGAGACAAGUGGCCAUCAUUUCUAUCAUGGCACAAAUUGGAAGUUGUGUUCCUGCUUCUACUUGCCAUCUGAAUUUGAUUGACCGUGUUUUCACACGCCUUGGAGCACAGGAUGAUAUUAUACAAGGCCAAUCUACUUUCUAUGUUGAGCUGUCUGAAGCGUCAUCUAUAUUACAGCAUGCUACAAAACAUUCUUUAGUGAUCAUUGACGAAUUAGGCAGAGGAACUUCGACUCAUGAUGGAAAUGCUAUAGCGACAGCUUACGUUAAAAAAAUUACAUCUAUAGGUUGUCGAACUAUGUUUUCAACUCAUUAUCACAGCCUGGUUGAUCACUUUAUUGGACAGAAAGAAGUACAACUGGGACAUAUGGCUUGUAUGGUAGAAAAUGAUGAAGAUUCUACUGAAGAAUCGGUAACAUUCUUAUAUAAAAUUGCAGAAGGAAGAUGCCCAAAGUCCUAUGGUUUCAAUGCUGCUCGACUUGCUGGUUUGGACUAUAAAGUUGUUGCGAGAGGUCGAGAAAUUGCUAAAGAACUAGAGGAGGAAAGUAGAUUGCGGAAUAUUUUUCAUAUUAUAUUUACCUCAAAAAAUAUUUCCGAAAGACGUAAUGUUUUUAACUCUAUAGUGUAACGCAACGUUUGUACUGUUUAAAUUAUAUAUUUUUUUACUUGUUCAGUUUUCAUAUCUCAAACAUAAUUUUUUUGUAGAAGACGUUUUAAGUUUGCUAAUUUUUAUUUCAAUAUUUAUAGAAAUAUUCUUGUUAUUUUCACAGUAUUCUCUAAAUAUUUAAAUAAAUCAC